AUGCGGGCGGCACUGCUGCUGCUGGCGGCUGCACUGUGCCGCGCCGCGACACUCGACUCGGAGCUCGGCGUUGGCAAAUCUAUCAAUAUAUUUAUGAGAUAUGGUUACCUCAGCAUAUGUAUGCGAGUGGUUCCACGUAACGACACAGAUGGGUGGGUGUUCCGGGAACCUACAGUCAGUGUUUUCCGAGACGUUGAUAGGUUCGUGGUGGCGCCCAAGCCUCGACAAGCCAAGACUCUCUUUGAUGGAGACUUUCAUAUGGAGUUCUGCGAUAACCUGAAGCAGCUAUUACAAGCGUAUUUUAGAGAUUUUAGUUUUGAAAGGUUAGAACGUCCAUGGAGGGCGUUCACGGCCGGGUGGCCGACUGACAUAAUGGCGAGAAACCUCGGCAUUAACUCCUCUUUCAUCAAUGGGGACCACUGUUACGUCCUGGUUAGGGUAUCAAGGUUCCGAGAAACUGCAAAACUCAAAGACUUACCACCAAACAUCGCAGUAGAGGAUGUUGUAUAUGAAGCGAUAGAUGAAAUUGCUGUCGGUGAUACCGUCUCUGUCGCCGACUUUAUACGGAAAUACGGCUCGCAUUACAUAGCCUCCUAUAUCACGGGUAACUCAUUAUACCAGGUGUUCGUAUUCACACGGGGCGUGUAUUCGCGGAUAAAAGAGCGGGUUAAAACCCGCGGGAUAAGCGACAUCUCAACCGACGAGAUGAACAAUUUCUUCUCGCCGCACUUCGCUGAACAUAUCGGCGCGGUCAAGGUGUUUGUGUUCUCUAGAACUGCAUACUCUAUGAUCAAAGAAAGGUUAAAAAGUAAGGGCGUAGCGGAUAUAACUGCUAAAGAACUAGAAGGAUAUUUUUCGCCUUGGCAGGCCAAGCAUAUAGGCCAGAUUAAGGUCGCAAGUGGAAACAAAACAGUAGAAAAUUGGGCGAUGAAACGUCUAAGAGUGCAUUAUUAUAUAUUUUCGUAUCCAAGCCUAUUAAAAUUGCACGGAGAACCUGCUUUACUAAGAAACUUAGAUUCCUUGUUAGGAAACGAGGCCUUAUUACAAUUAGAAUUAAAGACAUUAUCGCCCGCAUUCAAAGACGUUAAAAAGAAAAAGUGGUUUGAAGAAGUGAUAGACAAUUAUUUAAAGCUAUGGGAAAGUAAUAUG